AGCGGGACCUGUUCGCUAUUUUCUACGCAGCUUGACGUACGUGUUUGCGCUUGCAGCGUGACGAGCAAAAUGGACGAUUUAUUUCCGGUACGCGGAUAGGGAUAACCGACCAAUUUGUAUAGGCAUUGCAUUCGGCAACUAUUAUACUUUUAAAGAACCACAACACAUUGGGAAGAGUGAGAUAGAAUUCUUAUCAUUCCAAUAUUUAUGCAGUUGAUCCUCUAAAAGGCCGAGAAAUAACGCAAGGCCGCGAUCCAGCAAAAUGACCCUAGAUAGUCUUGUUUCUCUAUUUUUACAGCAAAGCUACAAAAGUAGAGCAUAAUAUGAAUCGCAGUUACUAUCUUUAUCUUUGUUUUAAAAACGUUGUUCGAAAAUCACUGUUCGCAUUUUUUUCUGUCAAGGAGCCUCACCUCUCUCAGUACACUAAAGUCAGCUGUUCUCAUCACUGAAAAUCAAUGCAGGGCGCGCGUGCGCUCUGAUGACCUUCCAGCUGUCAACUUGCACCGGCCGAAUUAUUUGUUGUUGUUUCACUCAGUAAAUGUAGGCGGACAAUAAGAAAGUAACUCGAUAAAUGACACUAUACAACUUAUGCCACGUGAGCAAUCAAUUCAAAACCAAUUUGCACCAUUAUGAAUCGAAAGACAGCACCACAAAUUAUAGUAUUGGGUAGGACAAAACGCUAAUCUAUAGAAAAAAAUGUUAGGUAACACAGUGGACGUGUGUACAGUGAAAUUAGUGUUUGUUUUUAAUGUCAUUUGAGGCUAACUCGCGUAAUUAUAAAUCUGCGUAUAUUUGUAAAUACUUAUUAAAUGCGCGUUAUCCUGCAAGUGUAGUGAAAUAUGACUAGUGAAAAAAGUGUUUGUUAAAAAAUGGUCAUAGAGUAGACAAGUGCAGACAUGAACGAGACUCUAGGGCGCGGGUACGCCCGCAUCGAGGCGAUUCGGGCAGCGCGCGGGGAGCCCCUUGCUCCGAUGACGGAGCCUAGCGCUCCGCCCCCGGAUAGAUACAACUCCGUUUAUGUGACUCUCUUCGUCGCCGGCGCAGCCUUCUUACUGCCUUUUAACAGCUUCAUCAUGGCAGUGGACUACUUCCAGCACCACUACCCCAACACUACCAUCAUGUUCGACAUGUCGACGGUAUACAUCGCGUCAGCGUGUGUGGCCGUCGUCGCCAACAAUCUGCUGCUAGACCUGUUUACCUACAACACUAGGAUCACAUUUGGUAUCCUAGUAUCGUUAGCGACAAUGCUAUUCGUAGCGGUCUGCAACAUCGGCUGGGACGGGUUCUCGACGAAGGUCUCGUACACCAUCAACUUGGUCGCCAUUGGAGUGGUGGCUUUCGGCUGUACGGUGCAACAGGCCUCGUAUUAUGGGUUCACGGGGUGCCUGCCGCCUCGGUAUACGCAGGCGGUGAUGGCUGGAGAGAGCGCCGCGGGAUUCUGGGUGUCCCUCGACCGAAUCCUGACCAAAUACGGGUUCCGUCAGCCUCGCCGCAGCACGUUUAUGUUCUUCGUGUUCUCCAUACUGAUACUGCUGGGGCACUCCAUGCUGCACCACGUGAUGAUGAGACACCCUCUGGUGCAGUACUACUUGAGGCUGACGAAUGAGUCGCGGCACAAGCGGCGCAUUCAGCUGCACCUCAACCCUACUGAAGACGCUACUCUGAUGGAAAGUGAAGCUGGUGAAGGAAGCUACGGGGUUCUGAAACUGCAAAGUCCAGCAUUGUCGACAAAUGGACAAGCUGAGACAGAAGGCAGCGCCUUCAGCUUCGCCAACCCUGUGUAUUCUCCGACGGGCGCGGCGGGCGCGCAGUCGCCGGCUCCAAGCUCGCCGCCCGCGCUGCGCACGCCGCGGCCCUCCUACAAGGUCGAGGACGUCGUGUUCGAGCCGCCCGAAAGACCCACCUCCUGGAGGGCUUUCAAACGCGGCGUGCUGGCCAGAUGGGCGGUGGCGCGGGCCAUCUACCCUUACAUGGUGUCCAUCGGGCUGGUGUACUUCACGACGCUGAGCCUGUACCCCGGCAUCGCGUCUGAAGUGCCGUCCUGCCGGCUCGGAUCCUGGAUGCCGAUUAUACUCAUGUCGGCGUUCAAUCUGUUCGACUUUAUUGGGAAGAUAGCAGCAGCGUGGCCGUACGAGUGGAGCCGCAGCCAGCUGCUGAUGGCCAGCGGCGUGCGGCUACUGUUAGUACCUUUGCUGCUGCUGUGCGCAGCCCCGAGGCACUCCCCGCAUAUCGUUGGAGACGUCUACCCAAUUAUGUUCUCCGUAGUGUUGGGCUUCAGUAACGGCUUAUUUGGCUCAGUGCCGAUGAUAAUGGCACCUUCGCGAGUGGGCAGAGAGCACCGAGAAAUUGCUGGUAACAUGAUGACGUUAUCCUACAACGGCGGGCUGCUGUCAGGUUCGUUAGUGUCAUACCUGCUCCUCAGCAUGCUAGGGCCGCAGGCGGUGUCGCCGUGCCGCCGAAUAUACCCCACGCCGCCUCUGCCUACCCUCCCGCCGGCUACCACCACUAUCGGCAAUAUUACUAACCUACUUACUGCCUUACAUUAAAUGAUCAGAUAAUGUGAGAUCUGAUAAACUAAAAGUACAAUCGCCAGCACUUCAUCUACCAAAAAUUCGAAAUUUUUCACGAUUUGAUCGAUGGACUGAGGUCCCGGUUCUACACGACAAUAGUUCAACAGUUUCAGUAUAGUUCUUGCAACUCACGAAGGCGAGUGGCUUUAACUUGUGUGUGUACGUGUGCAUGCAUAUAACUAUAGUGUAAUGUCUAUCAAAACUUUUGAAAAACGAACAGUAGCGAGCCACCACCCAUGUAAAGCUCACUCGCCUUCGUGAAUUGCAACAACUAUAUCAAUUGUGAAUUUUGACAGUCGCUAGUUCCGAUCCCCGUUGAUCUCUUCGGACUAUUAUAGUGAACCCAGUCCUAACACAAACAUUAGGUAGCUACAAACAGUAGGCCUGUUUCCGCCAAAGUGUGGAGGAGAGGCGAUAUUGUGGAAAUAACGAAACCUCUUCUCUCCGCUUUGGUAGAAACCGAGUCUUAUAGUAACUAACGGUGAGGUUAAUGGGAGUAAUUAUGUAACUUGUGAUUGACAUAUUACCAGUUAUUAAAAUUAUGAAGAUCAAUAUUAAUUGCAGAAAUUCCUAAUUUUGUUGUAGGUGGAUUCACUGCCGACCGUACAUUAUCUUAUGCCUUACGAAUAGCGACUUACAAAAACGUAUUACGCUAUUUUAUAUUUCUAAUAAUACUUUAAUAUUUAUCUCUAAGGUAAACGUCAUCUUCAAACCAUGUAACAAACUUUGACAGUCCUAAAGAAAUUACACAUUUCUUUUGCAGUUCAAAUGUCUCAUUAAUUUAAUGUACCUACUUUAGGUAAAUAAUGAAGCAAUCAUGGUUGUUAUUUCCCAUGCUCUUGCUUACAGAUCUCAUAUGAAAAAUCUCUUCACCCUGUUAUGUCGCUCGCAAUCCAGAAUUUCAUUCUCAUUGAAUUGCACUCUUAAGUUUUAUAUUUUAUUACGUACGAUAGGACUCAUUUACCGCCUUAUAGAACGUUUCUUGUAGUUAGGGAGGCGAGGUAGCUAAAUGGCGUAAUUCAACGGCGCCGUCGAGACCUAUCUAAAUCGAAAGAUAAAAUAAUUUCGAAAAGAAAAGCUCGUAUGGCAAAAACCAUUUUAGCGGUGGGUUUGGCGUGUACGGUUUUUCAAAAAUGUAAAAAAAAACUGUUACUUGGGCAUUCUCGAUAUUCAUACUACGUAUGCCCCGAGUGCCUCUGAUAACAACGGUAUACUAAUCUGCCGGUUUGCGUGGUGGGGGUAGGCAUAUAAAGUAGUCAAAAAUGAAAAAAAAAAAUUACUCGAGCGCUUCAGAUUUUCGGAAGGGGUGUUAAGUAGGCCCCAAGGAAGCUCCCUUUAAAAAAACUGACGAUUUCGGCGUGACGAUAAGUUACGAUGAAUUUUUGAAAACGCAAAAAAAAAAAGUUUUUUUGAAAUACUCGAGCGCGUCAGAUUUUCAUAGGGGAGGUUUAUCUCGGUAUCCUGAAAGCAUAUUUUUUUAAUCUGACAAAAAUGUUGAUGGGUUCUCUUAAUCUGACCGAAAAAGGUUUUUGGUUUCUUUUUUUUUCCUUUCUUUCUCCUUGAUAAAAUGGGGAAUUUAAGAAUGUCAAUAAAGCGAUAGAUACAACCAACGUAAAUGUUUAUUUAAACUUUUUUUUUGUAAAAUGUAUCGUUCGCGACUUAUAUGCCGUAACGCGUUCUUAGGAAGACGAAAUGGCUUCUCCACACUUCCGGUCAUGCGGAAACCCGCAGAUUUUGUAUUUUUAGUAAGUUUUAGAUUAUAUUCUUCAAAAUAAAAAAUAAAAAAUCGCGCUCGAGAAUGCCGGAUUAACUUUUUUUUUUUACAAGUUCGCGACCCUAUAACUCGGCGGCGUCAAGGACUUAUCGUCAGAUUAGUUAAAUUUAGUCUUUAAACACUAAAAUCAACCCCCAAUAUCUUAAUCUGACGCGCUCGAGUAUUUCAGACUAUCCAUUUUAUUUUACUAAUCUGAUCGCCUAUCCUAGGCGCGCGUCACUACAUAUAGAGCUAAAUACUUUACAAGGUUGUUCUAUUAGGUCUAAGGUAUCUCUCAUAUCUUAAACUGCCAAGCUCGAGUAUUGCCGAAAAUUCCCCUAUUCGCCUCCCUAACUAUUGCUUUAAUUUUAAUGUUGUAGAUAGGCACAUACUUAAUUUGUUUGUUAAUGAAGUACUUUGGUACGUAAUUAUCGUUGCGUUAAAUAAAUAAGUUUAAUAACAAAUAAUGGCUUCAUUAAUGAGUUGUGAUAAGAAUAUUUACAAUUAACUAAAGUAUUUAUUCAAAGUUUGUUAUGUGAUUAUCUUUAAAUUAUAUGCACUUACUUUACCAGUUAAAAGUAGUUCAUGUAAGACGCAAAUGCCUGCUAUAUUUCAUUUAAUCGCUAAUCUUUUAGUGCCAUAUUAUUACUGUAGCGUGUUUUUUUCAACAGUUAAUAAAUAAUGAAGAAGAAAAGUUUAUUCCAAAAAAAAUUAUUUCGUGAAAUUCCAUUUUUCCAUUUUCAUUUUCAUAGACUUAUUGUUAAUUUCUGUACAAAUAACUCUAUCGAUAGAAUGAAGUGAAAAUACUAAUUCAUUUUACUACAUUUUAGCUACAAUCAAAAUAGUACCUCCGAAUUUUUUCUACACGUCUGAUCAUGUAAAUAAUGUAAUUAUAAAUAAGUAAUUCUGUAAAUAAUAAUUACCUAUACAUAUCUAAUUAAUGGAUAACGUUCCUAAAGAUUGACGAUUAGGAACAAGUGUUCGAUCUCAGUUACUAUUUAACAUAAUAUUACCUAUGAGUGAAAUAAAACAUAAUAAUAUUAAAAGUCGUUCAAUAAUUCGCUUCUGUAGAUCGUUACAAUUAUGAUUUGUUUGUUAUCCCAACUAAUAUUAUAAAUGCGAAAGUAACUCUGUCUGUCUGUCUGUCUGUUACGCUUUCCCGCUUAAACCUCGCAACCGAUUUUGAUGAAAUUUGGCAUAGAGAUAGUUUGAGUCCCGGGAAAGAACAUAGGAUAGUUUUUAUCCCGGUUUUUGAAACAGGGACGCGCGCGAUAAAGUUUUUCUGUGACAGACAAAAUUCCACGCGGGCGAAGCCGCGGGCGGAAAGCUAGUUAUGUCAUAUGUGUUCUUAGGGCGCUUUCAUACUCUAGUCGACAGAGCAAGCCUUUUCAAUCGUGAACUCGCCAUAGUUUUAUUUACACUCCCUUAGAUAGAACCAUGGGGUAUUCUUGGAUUUUCUGAACAGAAUGCCGAGAAUAAUGAGUGCCUUCUUCUAUUCUGCUUCUGCAUUCAUUCGUUAGUGAAUUCAAGAGUAGGUUGGUAUUGAAGGGCCAAUAACGUAACAGAAGCAAUUCCUUACUUUUAAAGUGUGUUGCUUGAACUUUAAUACAUAUACGAGUACAUAAUGAAAAUAAAACUACGGAUGCACUUAUGUGCCUACCUAUCAAUAAAAUAAAACAAAAUAAUAACAAAAUGUUAUUACUUACGUCAAUUUUGAUCCACUGUUACGUAAAUUGAGUUCUUCUUCCAUAACUCAAAGGUCACAUUUUUUCCUCUUUCUUUGUUUUUUAUUUAAUAAUUUUAUUAUUAUAAACAUUACAAAUUGCAAAGAUAUCAUAAAGAUAGCUAUUAAUUUUAUUUAUGCAACCUUUCAGCAGGCCAUCCUGUUAUCGCUAGAUUUUGGUAGACAUAUCAAACUUAACAUACAACAAGUAUGACGUAGGUUAAGUGCUACCGUACUACCUAGAGCCUAUGGAAACUUUUUAAUGUAUAAAAAAGUAUACCUAAACAAACAAAGUGCUUGCCUUACACUAAUUAUGCUUUUAAAUGUACCUUUUACUUUAAAAUUAAAUCAUCUUAUAAUUUAACAUUUGAGAUAUUAUUCUACGAAAAUUUCAAAAUGUUCAGCCGAUUUUAUAGUCAGGCUUACGGUGUCAAAAAGCCUUGCUACAAUCAUCAGCAUUAGCGAAUCUAGUUCCUAGAAUAUUAUACAUCAUUUUUGGAUCUACUUAUUUGUACGAUGCUAAUAUGCGAGAGGUAGAGCCGAAAAUACUUAUGUGUUAUCCCAACAGCCGUACGAAAUAAUGGUUAAUGGAGGGUAGAUAGUGAUUAUUUGUGCCUAGUGCCUACGUCAUCUACCGGACAUUUGAAGACUUUGAGGCUAUAAGCUUGACUAUAAAACUAUCAGCCUUUAUCAUGAAACUGGUACUAUUGCACUGGUACUGUUAUUACUAGAUAGUUUAAUAUUCAACUACCCUACAGGCAUUCCUUGUUUCCAUAUACUUUCAAUUUUUAUAUUUUUAAAAUAAAUAACUAAUUUUUAGAAUCGCUCUACGAUCUCGAUAUUAUUUUAUUAAGUAAUAAAUAUGUUUAAAGUGAUAUUCUAAACUUAUUUUGUAGAGUUUGUCUAAAGACGAAUAUUUUGUAUUAAUUUAUAGAUUUGCUAGAUUGUGUAGGUAGUCUAGGUAGCUAUUAAUAAUAUAGGUAUUAAAGUUGUGAGAACAUACUUUUAGGUGGGUGCUGAAAACUUAUGGGACAUGAUGAGCUAACUUUUAUCUAUGUGAUAUACGUUCUCUAAAGGUUUCUGUCAUCCAAACAUUUCCCCUAAAAAUUUCAAAAUUAUGUAUUAAAUGCUUUUAGAUUAUAGACUUAAAAUGUAUGUAAAUCAUUUUCUAGAUAGGUACCUAUUUGUAGUUCUCACAUACUGUACGAUACGAUGCAGCAUUUUAUGAUUAGCACAACUUUAUGUAUUUGUAAGUUGUGGAUGUAAAAACACACGAAAAUAAAAUAAUCUGAAAUGAAA